GUACGGUUCUAGGGUUUAUCGCAAAAGCCCGCAGUGGUUGCUUUGUGGUGGAGGAAUGGCGAACGCUGCGGAUGGCGAUGGCCUCGUGGAUCUGGAGCUCAUCAUGGACGCCAAUCUCUCCUCCAGCUCCAUUGCUCAUGCCACAUUGGGUGCCGCGCCCCCACCGGAGGAGCUGGAGGUGGAGCUGCACAGCGAGGUAGUAGACAGGCCGGCGCAGCGGCAUUUCAUUCCUUGCGGCAACCUAGCCUCGCUGUCCCUGGCGCUCAACACGCUGAUGCCGCUCUCCUCCAAAGUUGGGGUUUUACCUCGCAAGCUGCUCGCUAAGCCUCCUGCCAAUCUCCCUUCGCAGAAGAAGGCCAACUCGCCAAUUCCCGUGGUGCCAUCUUCGAAGCUCAAGUUUGGGUUGGAUGUGGAGCCGCAGCAGCAGCAGCAGAGCAGCGCCAGCAAGAUUUGCAGCUCCGCCACCGCGUUUCCGGAUUACCAGAUGCUGCCGAGGUCGGGCAGGAGGUAUGGCAACCCGGCAGCUGGUGCCGGCAUGAGACGUGCGUCCAUUGUGUGGUUUAGGAACGACCUUCGCGUCCACGACAAUGAAGCUCUGGCCGCCGCAAACAAGGAGUCACUGUCUGUCAUCCCCGUCUACUGCUUCGACCCCAAGGACUAUGGCAAGUCCGCGUCCGGUUUCGAUAAGACGGGGCCAUACAGGGCCAAGUUUCUCGUCGAGUGCGUUGCCAACUUGCGGGACAACCUGAGGGAGCGGGGCUCGGAACUGGUGGUGAGGAUUGGCAACCCGGUGGAGGUCUUGUCCACCAUCGCCAAAGCUGUGGGAGCCGACGGGCUGUACGCACAUCAGGAGGUGUCGAGCGAGGAGCUGGGCAUGGAAGACAAAGUUACGUCUGCACUCAAGGACCAGAAUGUAGACGUCAAGUUCUUCUGGGGAAGCACGCUCUUUCACGUCGAUGACCUGCCCUUCAAGGUGGAGGACAUGCCUUCCAACUAUGGAGGCUUCCGCGACAAGGUCAAGGACGUCCAGGUUCGAGCGGCGACUGAGGCUCCCAAGCAGCUCAAGGGACUUCCAUCGCAGGGUGACGUGAAAGCAGGAGACAUUCCCAGCCUGCAAGAGCUUGGGCUCAGCCCCGUUUCUGCUGCAGGGCAGGAGAAGCACAAGCGAAAUCGAAUGAUCGGCGGUGAGGUGGAGGCACUCAAGAGAUUAAAGAGUUUCUCCUUGGUUUCACCGCCACCAUCCAAGGGCGGUAAGGAGAACAGCAUUUACGGGGCCAACUUCUCCUCUAAGAUAUCGCCAUGGUUGGCAAUGGGCUGCCUCUCCCCCCGGAAGAUGUUUGAGGACUUGAAAAAGACAACUAGCAGAUUGGUACCAAAGCCAACACCAACAUCUAUAGCGCCAUCUUCAGCAGCUAGCGGUGACUCCGGAAUGCAGUGGCUUGUCUUUGAAUUGCUCUGGAGGGAUUUCUUCAGGUUUGUCACCAAGAAACACGGCGCUGCCAAGAAGACUCAAACGGAAGCUGUGCCAGCUAUGGCGUGCGCCUAGAAAAUUUCCAUUUUGAUGGCAAUUUUUCUUUUUUUUUUUUUCCUUCUUAUUUUAUUCCGCUGUUUUUUACAGUCCCGGUUUCGUU